AUGAACAAGGUGCUACGACCAAAAUCACAACAAAUCAUGAUGAUAAUUCAAAAUCAUCGGCGAAAGCCACAUCUGAUAAUUCUACAACAACGCCUUCUUCAACCCACCUCUGUACCUACUCCAAUUGCGACUCCCAAUGCUCCUAUAAAUUAUUAUAAUCAAGCACCAAUCACUUUUGAUAAUAGGAAUGGUGCAACAGGUUUUGUUUUAACAACACCUCCAACACCACAAGAUUAUCCUUCAAUGACUUUUACUGGCCGAUUUACAAAUGAAAUGAUGACAACUUUCAGUUCAAGAACUGUUUCUUCGACUCCUAAAAGGUAUAAAUGUACUGUUUGUCAAAAAAGAUUUACACGGCCAAGCUCCUUACAAACUCAUAUGUAUAGUCAUACCGGUGAAAAGCGUUUCGAAAAAAUCAAAAUUCGAAAUUAA